GGGUUUUGGGGACAGAGGCAGAGGGGCUUGAUGGUCCAUGCCUCCCCCAUUUGGCUAUAAAAAAAGAAUCCCAUUUCUCCCAUCUCCCCAAACUCCAAACUCCAAAAACCAAACUCUCAUUCAUUAACUUUUCUCUCUUUUUCUUACCAUCUCCACAAAACAACACAACACAGAGAUCAGAUCAGAUCAGAUAUGAAGAUGAACUUGAACAGUGGUGGGAGCUCCAAGAGGAGGCUCAAUUCUUCUCCAACCAGAGGCUUUGGAGGAGUUCUUAGAGAGCAAAGGGCCAAGCUUUACAUCAUUAGGCGCUGUGUUGUCAUGCUUCUUUGCUGGCAUGAUUGAUUCUUUAAUUAGCUCACAAGAGAGAAAAUUCCAUUAGGGUUUUCUGUUUUUUUUUUUCUUUUCUCUUUUUGGCUAUUGUUAUUAUUAAUUUUUUUAAUUUUGGUGGAGUGUAUAUACAAGCGUUUUCUUUUGAUUUGUUGACAAAUUUUUGUAAGAGAUUGGCCUUUUUGGGUCUGCAAGAUGUGUAAAUUAAAGGAGGAGAAGGAAAGAACUUGAAAGGAAACUUCAACUUUGGAUCCACCUCUUUGAUCUUCUUCUUCCUUUGCUUGUUCUUGAGUUUUGAGCA